UGGCAUUCGACCUCGCGCAUUUUUUCCUGCCGCAUUCUGUCGACGUCGACGCAACGUACGUCGCAAUUCUCGAGUAACCGAGCCGCGAUUCGAUUGCGUUAGCCGAGCUAACGAGCGAUCCCGAAAAAUGUCAAGUUGCCGAGAAGGGAGUUCCUCGCACGCGGAAUCGGGACGUUCCAGUUCGCCUCCGCGUUAGAGACGCUCGUCUCCGGUCUACGGCGAGUCCGGAAAAGAAUCCGGGUUGGAUCUUGGACCCGAGGUCGACGCGUAGUGAGCGCGCGUGCCGAGCGUAGUUGGCCGAUAAUCGGAGUGGAUGAGCGUCGACUUGCGGGGUGUCCGUGGUAUUCGACGCAGCUGAGCUAAUUGCGCGUCGCCUUUUGCCCCCUUUUCACUCCGUCCACCGACGGGACACCAUGGAUCGUUGCAACUUGUCCGAAAAGGAUGUGGAAUUUGCAAAGACGUAUUUGAACGAGGAUCCCGAUGACGGCAGCAUGAAAAAAAUUAAUCAAGUGAAAACCUGGUUGGCAAACGAUUCUCACGUACGAUCGAAUCAAGACGACUUCUUUAUUCUACGCUUUUUGAGGUGCUGCAAAUUUGACGUGGAAAAGGCAAAGAAGAAAUUAGAAAAUUACCAACAACUACGAUCCGGAACACCGGAGUGGUUUUCGAACAGAGAUCCGUCUCUGCCUGCAUUGCGGGAAAUAUUUCGCUUGGGGGUGUUUCUCCCAUUAAGGAAGCUAGAUAACGGCGGCAGAGUUGUCAUUAUAAUUCGAGGAACCGUACACGACCCUCGCCAGCACCAGAUGGCCGAUGUGCUCAAGGUUUGUCUGAUGAUCCUUGACGUGGCCGCAAGAGAGAACGUACCCCUUUCUCUGUACGGUACCAGCGUCAUCCUCGAUAUGCAGAACGCGACAUUGGGCCACGCUCUGCAGUUAACGCCUGGCGUGAUAAAACGAUUGGUUCAUUCUUGGCAAGGCUGUUACCCUAUAAGGAUUCACUCGAUGGAUUUCAUAAACGGCCCAGCUUACCUUAACGUCGUACUGAACAUCUUCAAGUCGUUCAUGAACAAAAAGUUACGGUCCAGGGUGUGUAUUCGCAAGAGCUUCGACGACGUUCUGCGCGAUAAAAUACCGAUCGAAUGUUUACCGCUCGAGUACGGUGGAACGGACGGCUCGAUCGACGACUUGAAAGACUACUGGAUGGCGAGGGUCGAAGAGAACCGCGAGUGGUUCGAGCAAGACGAGAAGUCGAUGGUCGAAGAGAAGCGUCGCGAGGACGAGCGGUGUUAAGUAAUCGCGUUUAGAAGUUGACGCUAGCUCGACCCGGUCGACGAUCCGAAGCGAGUCGCGCUCGGUGGUUACCGGCGGCCCCCCGCGACGCCUACAACGGGAGUCCGUGGUCCACCUACCUAUGCCUUGGAACGCUUCAACGACGAUCCUUGAAGAUA